GUGACACUUAUCACUCGAUAAGAGGCGGUCGUACUUACUGUUACAAAAAUAUAAUAAAAACAUUUCAACAUGGCGUGUGACAGAGUUUUUUGCAAUAUGUUUUUGGAUUUCCUUGCCUUAGCUUGUGUCUGCAUCCCCCUACUGCUGAUCCAAUUGCAGGCAGAGCCAUACCGCCGAGGCUACUUCGAGUCGGACGAAACCAUCCGUUACAGAUACAGGGAGCAGUCCAUUACGGAAGCUGUGCUGGGCAUUAUAGGGUUCGUCGUCGUAAUUCUCACUGUUUUUGUAGCAGAAAUAUGUCAAAAGAAGCAGAAUGCAGUGGAGAAGUCUCUAUCUGGGAAGCCGAUAGCAUCUUGGCUUUGGGAGAGCUACCGUGUGAUUGGAGUAUACACCUUCGGAGCGGCCUGUCAGCAGCUGACGGUGUCUAUAGGGAAAUACACCUUGGGGCGACUACGCCCAUACUUCUAUGAGGCCUGCCAACCAGUCCCGAAUCAAUCUACAAUCAAUGAUUUGGGUUACAUCAUGGACUACACAUGCAGGGGUACUGACGAAGACAGGAUCAUGAAUGCUCGGCUGUCAUUCCCGUCUGGACAUUCCUCUUACGCCAUGUACACAGCGGUGUUCUUCAUUUGUUACCUGCAAUAUAAAUGCAAAUGGCGCGGUUCGAAACUGUGUCGGCAUUUCGCCCAAUUCGCUGCUCUAAUGGCGGCGUGGUACGUCGGCAUCACUCGGGUCCAGGAGAACCAACAUCACUGGAGCGACGUUGGAGCCGGCUUUCUCAUUGGAACUGCUAUCGCCGUCUUUACUUUCGUAUACAUCUUGAAGCCCAAAGUAUACGACUCCGAAUCCUGGGAAGACCCCCAAACUAACGGCUUACCCAGGCCAGUGCUGGCUCGGUGACUGGCAGACGAUCGGAUGGAGCUGGGCUACCUGUUGUCCGGGGUCAAUGAACCUUACGGGGCAAUUGAUCGUAUGUUUACUUAGUACAUAGUUUUCAGGACAUUCUCUAUGAAAUGAUGGAUUUGUACAAACGAUAUCUGGGUUAUAAAAAAUAAUGUUUAUAUUUUUUGUGAAUGCACUUUUGGAUAAAGAAGCUGUUAUGUGGUCAAGUGUAACUUUUUAUGGGCUUGUUGAAGGUAUAUAGCGUUUAGACCUGUCUCACAUCUCUGAGUGUUCCCGGUUUCACCCUCCACAGAAGUUUUAUGGGGCCCGGGGUUGGUCAUAUAGUCUUAGUAUAUAGCCUUUAGUCCAUUAUCCCUCAUACAUAAGACAAGGUACCUGUUUUAAACGCUUGGCAACGGGAUGCUUUUAUAUACUUGGAAGAUAGCAUUUGUUUAGCGACUGACUAAUCAAAAUUAUUUAAUGUCGCUAUGCUUAUUAUUUUAACUGUACUGUACAGCAAUAAAUAAUUGAAAUCCUAUAACUAUAUAACUGUUUGCCUAUGAAACAGUAGGUAUUUGUAACUAGAGGCCGACUUCGUCCGCGUGGAUUCAUUCCCGCGGGGACUCCGGGAUAAAAAGUAGCCUAUAUGUUAUUCAGUUAUUCUUAUACCAAAUUUCAUCGUAAUCGGUUCAGUAGUUUUUGGCGUGAAACAGUAACAAACAUCCAUACUGACAUACUGACAUACUCACAACUUUCGCAUUUAAAAUAUUAGUAGGAAGGAUGAAGAGAUAAAGUACCUACCUAUACAAUUUUAUAAAAGACAUGAAAAGUCUUACAUGCGAUCUUACGAAAAAAAUUAACACUUGAUUACUUACUUUGUGAGGUUUUAUAAUAGUGACGUUUAAUGUUUAUUUUAUUUUUCGUUGAAAAGUCCAAUAUAAAUCUCAAUUAUGAUUUAACAUUGGACCACAGAUUAGAAAAUACACUCUUAUUUCAGCACAUUAUUAAAAAUUGCUAAUGUGUGAGAAGCCACGAGUGUGUUAUUAAAGUAAUUGUCAUUUUAUUUGAUUAAGUAGAUAAUUAUUAUUGUAAAAAUAGGACUGGUUAAGUUGUAAGGAGUGAUUCUAGUUUGUAAAAUAUUUGAAUAUAUGUAAGUAAGUUAGUUAGGUUGUUAUAAAUAUAAAUAAUUUGUGAAA